AUGUUCUAUGCACCAGCAACCUUUGAGAUAUUUCCGAACCUGUUCUUCCGCCUUGAGCACUCCUUUUGCUCGGCCUUUGCCAUGAUGCGCCAUCAAUGGACUUUUCUGCUCUCGGGCAUCCUCAUCUCAGUUUGUGCGGCGAGAUUUUUACCUCCGCUGUCUCUAGAAAGACGCUCUGGUCGGCUGCUUCCACGAGCCAACAUCUUUGUGGACAUGAACGAGGUAAAAGUCGGGUCUACGGCGGACACGGUCAGCACGAUGGGUCUCGCGACUUGCAUUGGGGCCGUUGCAUACGGCACAGCAAGCAGGACCAGCACUAACAAGGUCAUGGUCCACGCCACCACAGCCAUGGUCGAUGCUAAGCUUGGUGAGUGGUCUCGAGCCGUGAACGAGGCGGGGAUUCAGAAUCUUCGGAUUUUCUUGAGCCUCCCCAGCCCGACGCUCUGCGACUCCAUACCCGACGACAAGAUCAUCCAGGACCUGCAGUUUAUGGGUAAGACAGCCAAUCCCGGAUCCAUUGCCGAGCACAGACGAGCCAUGAACAUCCUCUUGGUCAAGGCGAAUCGCGCAGCGGUGGUUGUUGCCGACAGUCUUGUUCCAGGGCCAUCUAGAACCGUCACGCGCAGCAAUAGCCGUCUCGGCAGCCCGAACCCGUACGGAACGAUGGAGGCUACCGCCACGCAUGUGCUCGUAGAGGGAACAGCCGUAGACACGAUCACCCCAACGCCCCGACAACAGCAGGACGCCUCGAGCAUGGCCCCGGCUCCGAAGGCGACGGCAGGCCCCGAGACGGUUCCCAAGAAAAAGCAAGGCUCGACGCCUGGUCAAAAACCGAUUGUUGAGCCCAAAAAGUCGGUACCCAACCCGAAACUAGUCCCGGGUCCAGGCACCAAAAAGACGGCUAUUAGCACCAAAUUCCCUCCCAAAAAGGGAGGCAUGUUGAGAAUGUUCCUUCGACAUUGA